UCAGUCUCACUUUCACAAAAAGUAUUUUCAAAAUAGAAUCGAAUCAAACAGCAGGUCACCUUUAACCGACGGUGGCGUGACCUGCAUCGUUAGAAGUUGUUAGCGGUCAAAAGUCUGAAAUUGCCGCUUGCGAUCAGAGCUGUGGCGCAAUAUCUUUUAUUGUUCUUAUCAUUCUCUUUUAUAUUUGUUUCAUGUACAAUUCACCGAGGUUACUGGCAAACAAUGAAAAUCCGGAGUGCCGGGAGAAGUAUUUGAAAACGGUAAAAAUGAGCCAUGAUCAUGAACAUGCUGCAAAAAUGCGUCCCAUGCCUCCGCAUCGGGACUCUGCUAAGCUAGGCGGUGAUUUCUUUUUUGCAAACCCACAAACUCUUAUGUCUAACUUUAUUUUACUUUUUCAUUCAUCUUCGCGGCCGUUAUGGCGAUUGCUCAUCGGGGCAUGCGCGUGUAAAUGCGUGCGUAUCAUGCGCGGGGCAACGGGUCGAUCGCGAGAGGUUGGUUGAUUGAAAAUUAGAUCUUCGUGUUUUUUGGGCACAAUGGUUGUUGAUACUCUUCGAAAAGAUAAGAAUGGUUUUGACACGUGUUGACAAAGAGAUAACCGCAGGCAAUUUCUUUCCGUUUGGAACAAUGCAAUCCUUCCGUGGCCAUCGCCUCUUCUAACCUUUCACUGUUUACACAGAUGUAUCAUUACCCAAUGCUUAACCUGAGUCUGCAGUAGUCUAUCCCCAAGCAGUCUCACGAUGGCGACCGACAAACUCGGACUGAACCUGAAGAGGGAUGUUGGGAUUAUCGGAGCGGUAUCUUUCAUUGCUGGCACCAUGAUGGGGUCGGGGAUCUUCAUGUCACCCCAAUAUGUGCUCUCAGCCAUCGGCAGUCCGGGGGCAAGCCUCGUGAUAUGGGCAGCAUGUGGACUGCUAGCCAUGCUGGGGGGGCUCUGCUAUGCUGAACUGGGAACAGUCAUUCCAGAGUCCGGCGGAGAAUAUAUCUACAUGAUGAGGAUGGCGGGGCGAGUGGUGGCCUUCAUGUUUGUCUUCAGCUUCAUCAUUGUCAUGAGACCUGCAAGUGCCACGGGAAUUGCGCUCAGCUUCGCCGAAUAUGCGGUGGCGCCUUUUUUCCCAAGCUGCUCGCCUCCACUGCUGCUGGUAAAGUGUGUGGCUGCAGGAGCCAUCGUCGUUCUGGCAAUGGUGAACUGUCUGAGCUCCCGCCUGGCCACCAUCAUCCAGGUGGUCUGCAUGGUCGUCAAAGUGCUGGCACUCGCAGUGAUCAUAUUGGGAGGAGUGGUGAUGCUCUUUGACAAAGGCACCGGGAACUUUGAGAACGGCUUUGAGGGAACCAAUAUGCACGUCGGAUCCUUUGGCAUUGCUUUCUAUCAGGGCUUGUGGUCCUACGAUGGCUGGAAUACUUUGAAUUAUUUAACCGAGGAGCUCAAGCAUCCAGAAGUGAAUCUUCCGAGAGCAGUGAUCAUUGCCAUCUCCCUGGUGACUGGCUUGUAUCUGCUGGUGAAUGUCAGCUACCUAACAGUACUGACACCGAAAGAACUCAUAUCAUCCAAUGCAGUGGCCGUCACGUGGGGGAACAAAGUGUUUGGAUCCUGGGGGUGGAUCAUGUCAUUAGCUGCAGCUUUGUCGGCUUUUGGGUCACUAAACGGGACAUUCUUCAGCGGUGGCCGCGUGUGCCUUGUUGCUGCACGUGAAGGACACUUGCCGGACGUUCUGUCCAUGGCUCACGUGCACAGACUGACUCCAUCUCCAGCACUCAUUUUCACCACUGUUGUCUCCUUGCUGGUGCUCAUCCCCGGAGACUUUCAGGGUAUUGUCAACUUCUUCAGUUUCACUGCCUGGUUUUUCUAUGCCAUCACGUUGGCUGGCCUCAUCUACCUCAAGAUUAAAAAGCCAGAGCUCCCAAGGCCAUACAAGGUUCCCAUCAUACUGCCCAUAGUGGUCCUCAUCGCAGCAGUAUUCCUAGUGCUGGCCCCCAUCAUUGACGAUCCUCAGAUCGAAUACCUCUAUGUGACUUUAUUCAUCUUCAGUGGGGUCCUCAUCUACAUCCCUUUCAUUCAUUACAAGCUAUUCCCAAGCCUGUUAACCAAGUUGACCAUAUUCCUACAGCUGUUUUUACAGGUCGCCCCAGCAGAGAAAAACCUGUGAUGCGGGCCGAAAGACUGUUUGGUUUUGCUCAUAUGUGAAGGUGAUAACAUUACCUGAUUUUGUCCCGUUGUUUUCUUUGAUUUUACACAAAAAAAAAACAAAAAAAAAUCUGAUUCAGCUGAGCAAUAGAGAACAUGGCUGAAUAUUUUUAUUAAUGAAUAGCAUUUAUUUUGACUUACAUUUUUUUAACAGAAUCACUUUUUGGAUUUAGGGUUACGUAACUGUGAUUUUGUUCAAAUAAAGUCAUGACUUUUGUGGUUCAGUUCUUGAAAUUCGAAUAUCAA